AUGGCACAGGAAUACGCGGAUAAGAUUAAGGAUGUGGAGAGACGAAUUGAGAAGGAGAAGGCUAUGAUCAGUGGUGCACAGGCUAUGCGAUCACGGACUGACAAUGCGGCCGUGCACCUGAACUUGGAACGUGAAGUCCGUGAGGCGCAGAAGAACAUUCGGUACCUCGAGGAUCGGCUAAGAGAAUUGCACAUCAAGAAUGGGCUGCCUGUCUAUGGCGAUAAUAUCGGCCCACCGGCUCCGCCAAAGCACCAGAGUAGGGAGGAGGAACGGAGGGCUUCGAGGACGGGGUUGGGUAUCACCGACGCUGUGCCGCCAUUGCCACCACCGAAGGGUGGAUCGUUGCCUGGCCCCGGUGUACCCAAGGCAAGGCCUCAUUACACGAAGCUAGAUUUGAUUAAGGCCGAGACACCACAUACAGGUCCCAAGAUUCAGCUCAUGCUUCAGCAACUCGAGUUCAAGCUUACCGUCGAGAAACAAUACAAGGAGGGUAUCGAAAAGAUGGCUAAGUUGUAUCAGCUUGAGGGCGAUCGUCGGAGCAGGGCUGAUGCGGAGAGUAAGAGGGUGGAGAGUACACAGAAGAUUCAGUUGCUCAAGCAGGCAUUGAAAAGAUAUGAAGACUUGCAUGUUGAUGUUGCGGAAGAGGAGGCGGAGGAUGAUGACAGUGUGAACGCGCCUAACAUUCGCAGGCCUUUGAGUGGAAAACUCAUGAUCCGCAUUUCUGCCGUGCGCGACGUCAACCACGCUUCGACCAGCCGCUUCUCUCGUGGCCCUGAGACUUCUGUCAUGAUCAAGGUUGAAGACACCGUUCGCGCCAAAACCAAGCCCUCGCGCCACGACAAGUGGGAUGAAGAGUUUGACAUUGAUGUCGACAAGGCUAACGAGUUGGAGAUCACGGUCUACGACAAGCAGGGUGAUCACGCCUUCCCCAUUGGAUUGCUUUGGGUUAGGAUUUCGGACAUCGUAGAGGAGCUUCGCAGAAAGAAGAUCGAGCAGGAGAUCGCUGGAUCUGGUUGGGUAGAGGCAGAAAAGGUUACUCACGAUGGAAGGGCCAGUCCUGAGAAGGGCAAUGUUACUCCACCUUCAGAGCCGGUUCAGGUUCCAAACCGUCAAAUCAUUCAGAACAACCUUGUCGCAAAGGACCCCUCAAAGACCGGUAUCGAUACCUGGUUUGCAUUGGAGCCCGCUGGUCGGAUCUACAUGCAUAUCGACUUCAUCAAGGACACGAAGGGCAAGCGACCUCUCGAGAUGGGUGGUCUCGGCCGUCAAGGUGCUAUCCGUCAGAAGAAGGAGGAAGUUCACGAGAUGUACGGUCACAAGUUCGUGCAGCAGCAGUUCUACCAAAUCAUGCGCUGUGCUUUCUGUGGUGAGUUCUUGAAGAAUGCUGCAGGUAUGCAGUGCGAGGACUGUACGUACACUUGUCACAAGAAGUGUUACCCCAAGGUCGUUACCAAGUGUAUCUCCAAGUCGAACGCGGAGACGGAUCCGGAGGAGGAGAAGCUCAACCACCGUAUUCCUCACAGAUUCGAGCCUCUUACAAACAUUAGUGCCAACUGGUGUUGUCACUGUGGUUACAUUCUUCCUCUAGGAAAGAAAAACGCCAAGAAGUGCUCAGAAUGUGGUCUUACCUGUCACACUCAGUGUGCUCACUUGGUUCCCGACUUCUGCGGUAUGUCUAUGGAAAUGGCGAACGCCAUCCUGGGAGAAAUCAAGAGCACAAGGAUUAGGAAGGCUCAGGUGCCUAUGUCACAACGAAUGCGUCAGGGUCCACCACCACGGAAGUCUUUGCCAGACGUCGGUGCGGGAUACCGGCAGCCGUCUUACAUCGAGAGCGGAGAACCACCCGUACUGCCUAUGCCCGCGGGUGUUUUGGGUGGUGAGGAGCGUCGGCUUUUGCCUGAAAGACCGUCGUACACCUCUACCCCCUCUGCUCUCAGUUUGCAGGCUGCAGGUGCGGUUACCAAACCUGUUCAACCUAGUCCGCCUUCGCGAGUGCCGCUGCCUCAACAGCAACGUCCAGGUGGUCCUCCAAGGACUGCUUCCCAGGCAGCUGCUGCUGCUUUCGCUGCCGCACAAGCUAACACCUCUUCAAGCAGUGCGGCUGCUGCCGCGGCUGCCGCCGCUGCUGCUGGCAAGCGCCAAUCUGUCAGCCAACAACCUUACAGGCCGGCCGUGGACAAUCGCCGGCCGUCCUCGGCCACGUCCUCCCAGACUGCAAUCUCGUCCCAAGCAUCACGCUCGUCUGCACAAACAGUGAUUCCUUCGCAGCGACCAGACCUACCGCCUGUUCCUUCCUCUCCCACCAUUCCUACCAUCCUUCCUACAAUCGACCAGGGUGUUGAGAAGGUUCCGGAGAAGGCUCUCGAUGUCGUCGCCCAGCCCUCUCGCCAGAUGGUGAGACGCAAGAUUGGCCUCGACGACUUCAACUUCUUAGCGGUGCUCGGAAAGGGUAACUUUGGUAAGGUUAUGUUGGCAGAAGCGAAGCAAAACAAGCAGCUGUAUGCCAUCAAGGUCUUAAAGAAGGAGUUCAUCAUCGAGAACGACGAAGUUGAGAGUACUCGUUCUGAGAAGCGCGUUUUCCUUGUUGCCAACAGGGAGCGUCAUCCCUUCCUCCUGAAUCUCCACUCCUGCUUCCAGACUGAAACCCGUAUCUACUUCGUUAUGGAAUACAUCAGUGGUGGUGAUCUUAUGUUGCACAUUCAGAGGGAACAGUUCGGUGCCAAGCGCGCACAGUUCUACGCUGCUGAAGUGUUGUUGGCAUUGAAGUACUUCCACGAGAACGGCAUUAUCUACCGUGAUUUAAAGUUGGACAAUAUCCUUCUUGGUUUGGAUGGUCACAUCAAGAUUGCCGAUUACGGUCUCUGCAAGGAAGAUAUGUGGCAUGGUAAAACCACCAGUACUUUCUGUGGUACUCCUGAGUUCAUGGCUCCAGAAAUUCUCUUGGAGCAGCGCUACGGCCGUGCGGUUGACUGGUGGGCUUUCGGUGUCUUGAUUUACCAGAUGUUGCUUGGGCAGUCUCCUUUCAGGGGUGACGACGAGGAUGAGAUCUUCGACGCUAUCCUAGCUGACGAGCCCCUCUACCCUAUUCACAUGCCCAGAGACUCCGUUUCAAUUUUGCAGAAACUUCUUACUCGUGAGCCUGAGCGUCGUCUCGGUUCCGGGGAGGGUGAUGCUGCGGACGUUAUGGCCCAUCCUUACUUCCGCAACAUCAACUGGGAUGACAUGUACAACAAGCGUGUUCCGCCUCCGUUCUGCCCCACGUUGCAGUCAGCGACGGAUACAUCGAACUUCGAUACCGAGUUUACUAGGGAGGUGCCAGUGUUGACCCCAGUUCAGUCUGUCCUCACUCAGGCCAACCAAGAACAAUUCAGAGGAUUUUCAUACGUGUGUGAGGAGCAGUAG